GUGCCGGGGUUACAGUAACUGAUUCAACUGGUAUCUGCGCUGAUGUUAUUUCGCAAUAUUUCACAACUGUGGAGGUGAAAUACUAGAUUUUCCACACGGCGACUGGCAAGGUUAAUCGCAUUUUGAUAUUUUAUUAACGUCUCUGAAAUAACAUAGGACGAAUUACUGGAAAAUGUUAACUUUGAGAUAGCUGCCUAUCCUUGUGCUGGCAUCACGUGUAUUAUAUUGAUGAGAGAAAGGGGGCGGAUCGGGCAACGUCAUUACAAGGGAUCGCACAUCAAUUACUGGAAGGUUAGUAAAUAGUAUUCACGGAGCGGGGCCGGAUUCCUCGUCUCACCAUACCUGCUGGCGUUGGAGCCUUUGGGAUUUCGACUUUUUGCAGUGUGAAGAAUGGAAACAACUGAUGGGUCAGUCGGUGACAAAUUAACCAGCGCCGCAGCCAAGGGAGACUCGAAAGAAGUUAAUAGUUUGCUGGAAAACGGGGUGCAAGCAGACGCGAUCAAUAAGUUUGGCAGAACUGCUCUCCAGGUCAUGCAGAUGGGCCAUUCUAUAAUAGCCAAAUCGUUGCUAAAAGCAGGAGCUAAACCAAACCAACAAGAUCAUGGGGGAUUCACGCCAGCUCAUGAUGCGGCCAGGGAAGGCUUUCUGGACACUUUGAAAACCUUGGUGGACUUUGGAGCUAAUGUUAAUAUUGAAAAUUCUGAGGGCAAUCUACCCAUCCAUCUUGCUGCACAAGAAGGUCACACCGACGUGGUUACAUUUUUGGCAAAGGAAUCAAACCUCACAUUUAAAAACGAAAAUGGACAGACUCCAUAUGAGCUAGCCCAGAUAUACAAGAGGACAGAGACUAUGCAAUGGAUGGAACAAAAUUUAUAGGAAAAACAAAAUAAGCAAGAGCAACCUUGUCAUAUUUAUUUUAUUUGUUGGCCACCACAGACAUGAGUUCACUGAUUUUCAUUAUUUGAAAUUCCAUUUUUUUAAUACUUGUGGAGAGAGGAUGUUGUUGCAUUCAUGCCUUUUUAAAAUGAUUCCAUGUCAUCAUGCUAAAUUUUAUUUGUUGUAAAUCAGUAUUAAUAUAGAAUCAGGUAAACUUUGUUGAUGUUGUCUUUAAUCAUAUGAUAAAGUUUAUUAAUGUCAAGGUUUAACAUGGCUAGUGUAGCUUUUGACUUAAAACAAUCAAGCUAAUGGGGAAUAAUUUAUGAUGGUUGCAGUAGGCAGAUUAUGCAAAUGUCCUCUGCCUUCCUUCAGCUGUUGAAGGUUGGUCUCUUUGGAACAUUGUGGUUUUCAUAUUUUCAUAAAUGAUCACGUUUCUACAUUGUUUUAAACGCUGAACACUGUGUUUGUUUCAUUUAUGUAGCUUUAAUAUUCAUUGGAUGGCCAUUGAAGUAUUGCUUGAUAUCAUGAGUGAAUGCAGAGAAAUGUAGUUGUUAAACAUUAUUUAAUGUACUUAUUUUUGUUUAAUGAAAAUUAAAUUAUAAGCUUUCUAUUUACUCAAUGUAAAUAUUGCAUUGCUUUCAUGGCCUUGAAUUGUAUCAAGUAUUGUCUUCAUAAGUUAUAAAAGAUUAAACCGCUCUUUCGUUCCAAUAAAUACUUGUGAGUGUAAAGGUUAUGUAUUUUUAAUGUUGUGAAUGGAGUACCAUUACCUGAAUUAAUUUAUUUAAUUACUGUGACAGAUAACAUAAAGCAUUAAAAUUUAAUGAGACCUUGCUUCCUCUACAAAUCCAUAUGUAGCGGGACAUACAUGCAAUAAAAUGAUUUAUAAAAGUUCUGAAUAAGUUAGUAGAGGUUGUCUUUGAAAAGGAUUUACGUAUGGAAUAAAAACAUUUUGAUUGACUUUUGGUAA